GGAACCUGUGAUUAUAAAGGAUAAUGGUUAUAAUGGUUAUAAUGGUUAUAAGGAUUUUAAGGAAUUUAACUAUUAUCACCUGUAUAAUCAUUAUAGUGGUUUUAAGAGUUAUAGAGUUUAUAAUGAUUAUAACAUUUAUAAGAGAGAUAAACAUUAUAAAGGUUUUAUUGAAUUUAAUG